CACUAGAACUAGUGAGUGACCCAGAUCCAACCCACGGUAUAUUGGAAUAUUUUGCGUUGUUUCCAAUGCUCCACACACACAAUAUAUAUAUAUAUAUAUAGCCAGCCACCUCUCCAGUUCAAUCAAUCUUAUCAAACGCACACAAAAAAGAAAAUAACACAGCUCUUCUUCUCCUCCUCUUCCAAUUUUCUCGCGUUAUUAUAUAUCAGAUCUCCAUCAUGCCUUUGAAGGAGGAAUUUGAAGAGCAUGCUGAGAAGGCUAAGACAUUGCCAGAAAGUACCACCAAUGAGAACAAGCUUAUUCUUUAUGGUCUUUACAAGCAGGCCACUGUUGGCAAUGUCAACACAAGCCGUCCUGGUAUCUUCAACAUGAGGGACAGAGCAAAGUGGGACGCAUGGAAGGCUGUUGAAGGAAAAUCCACCGAUGAAGCUAUGAACGACUACAUUACCAAGGUGAAACAGUUGCUGGAAGAAGCUGUUGCUUCAGCUUAAGGCUCUGUGGUCUAUAUUGGACUAUGUAAUCUUAUUUUCCAGUGGCUUGUCUGAUUUUAGUGUUACAGCAGGUGUUUGCUUUUCCAGGCUGAAAAACAAUGCUGCUAUAAGCAUGUUUGAACCUUCUGUUAAUAAAAAACAAAUAGAAGUUUGAA